GAUUGUGAGUCCCGGGACUGUAUAUAAGACCUGACACCGCGACUCCUCUACACGGAGAAAACGCUCUUCUCAGGUGCAUUUGUAUAUCAAUCAAAAUGAGGGCUCUGGCAGUGAUCUUUGCUCUGGCAGUCAUUACUGGCUGCAAUGCUCGUGUUCUGUUUCAGGCCGACGCACCUCAGCCCAAAUGGGAGGAGAUGGUGGAGAGCUUCUGGACGUAUGUAGCAGAGCUCAACACACAAGCUGAUGGUGUGGUGCAGAACAUCAAAACCUCUCAGCUCAGCAGAGAGCUUGACACCCUUAUCACUGACACCAUGGCUGAGCUUAGCUCGUACACUGAAAAUGUUCAAACCCAGCUGGCUCCAUACACCUCUGAUGCUGCCGGUCAAAUGACUAAAGAUCUCCAGCUCUUAACUACCAAACUGCAAACUGACAUGACAGACGCCAAGCAACGCUCAACCCAGUACCUGCAAGAGCUGAAAACCAUGAUGGAGCAGAACGCAGAUGAUGUGAAGAACCGCGUCAGCACCUACACCCGCAAACUGAAAAAGCGUCUGAACAAAGACACAGAGGAGAUCCGCAACACUGUGGCAACCUACAUGGGUGAGCUUCAGUCUCGUGCUUCCCAGAAUGCAGAGGCUAUGCAGGACCGCUUCGAGCCCUACGUGAGCCAGGCCCAAGACAAUGCCAACCAGAAACUGGGUGCCCUUAGCGAACUGAUGAAGUCCCAGGCCCAGGAAGUGAGCGAGCAGCUGGAGGUUCAGGCCGGAGCUCUGAAAGAGAAGCUCGAACAGACCGCCGAGACCCUGCGCACUUCCCUGGAGGGACGCGUGGACGAGCUGACCAGCCUCCUCAUGCCCUACUCAGAGAAGAUCCGUGAGCAGCUGCAGAUGGUCAUGGACAAGAUCAAGGAGGCCACAGCAGCUCUUCCCGCCCAAGCUUAAGAACUCUGAACACUCAUCUACAGUAAACACCAAACAAAGAUUGUCUUUUGUUACUGAAAUGUGCUGUUGUGGUAGGUUUAGGAGUGCAGGACUCUAAUAAACUACUGGUGUCCAUCAUUGGACGGAUAAAUAACUUGCCACGUUUACUUUUUCAGUAUUAACCCACUGUCUCAUUAUCUAUGUUCAAUAAACGUCUUUCAUUAGCAUACAAAGUAGAGAAAUUUUAUGAUGAAUCAACUUAUCUGUGGAAGUUAAUGUUCACAGCUGAUUUGGCCAUUAUGGCACCUACUGAAAUGAAUAAUCAAAAUGUGUCUUCACUGUUCAAAAUAAAUCACGAGAAUAUAUGCAGAGAUGAGCUUUGCUAGCCACAUCUCUAAAUAUUUUGCUAUGCAUGUUUUUGUCCACUGCUGUUUGAAUUUGUUUACAAUAAAUGUGUGUCUUACUACACAAGUGA